UACCCUCCCCCGCACCCCUCCCUUCCUGGGGAUAAUUGAAUAGCUAGGAUUCCUCACGUGAGAGGUUGAUGUGUAGUUUGACCACGUGGCUCAUUCAGUCGGAAUUUUCUGGGAUUUUUUAGAGCAGCAUUUUAUUUAGAGGCGGUGCUUAUGGUAACGUAGUGUGACAUUUUCACAGCCUGCUUGCGAAAGGGGUUUUGGGGGAAAGACCAAAAAAAUAUAUAGUUUUUUUUCCCUCUCUCCGCAGCCCGCCAUCCUAGACUGUUAAUACUACUAUUUGUUCUGAGUUUUUCUUUUGAGGACUCCUCCUCCUCCUCUUCUUCACAUUUGUAUUUAAUUCGACCGAUUGUUUCUCCAAAGGGGAAGAUAAAGAAGGACAUAUCUUUUGCUUUUUGGUAGUUUUAGCAACAUGAACAAGCUCUAUAUUGGGAAUCUCACCGAGAACGUAACCACUGUGGACUUGGAAAGUCUGUUCAAGGAAUGGAAGAUUCCCUUCAUUGGACAAUUCCUUGUGAAGACUGGUUAUGCGUUUGUCGAUUGCCCAGAUGAUAACUGUGCUAUGAAAGCUAUAGAUACCCUGUCAGGUAAAGUUGAACUGCACGGAAAAUCUAUAGAAGUGGAGCACUCUGUUCCUAAACGUCAAAGAAGUCGGAAACUCCAGAUCAGGAAUAUUCCUCCUCAUUUGCAGUGGGAGGUCUUGGAUAGUUUAUUAGCUCAGUAUGGUACAGUGGAAAGUUGCGAACAAGUGAACACUGAGACAGAGACUGCAGUAGUGAAUGUUACAUAUUCUACCAAGGAAAAUGCCAGACAAGCAAUAGAAAAACUUAACGGCUAUAUGUUGGAGAAUUACUCGCUUAAAGUAACCUACAUCCCUGAUGAGAUGGCUGCUCAACAAAGCUCACAGCAGCCACCCUCACAAACUCGGCGUGGUUUUGGACAACGAGGGCCACCUCGGCAAAUGUCUCCCAGUGGUAUGGUUAGGCCAAAACAGCAGCAGUCUGACGUUCCUUUGCGAAUUGUAGUUCCAACUCAGUUUGUUGGUGCCAUUAUUGGGAAAGAAGGAGCCACGAUCCGCAAUAUCACAAAACAAACACAAUCAAAGAUUGAUAUUCAUCGUAAAGACAAUGCAGGUGCUGCUGAGAAACCAAUAAGUAUUCACUCAACACCCGAGGGAUGUACAGCUGCUUGCAAGAUGAUUAUGGAAAUCAUGCAGAAAGAAGCUCAGGAUACAAAAUUCACAGAAGAAAUACCGUUAAAAAUUUUAGCGCACAAUAAUUUUGUUGGACGGCUCAUUGGAAAAGAAGGAAGGAACCUUAAAAAAAUCGAGCAAGACACGGACACAAAAAUAACAAUUUCCCCCUUGCAGGACUUGACGCUUUACAACCCAGAGAGGACCAUUACAAUAAAAAACAGUAUUGAAGCAUGUUCCAAAGCUGAAGAAGAAAUAAUGAAGAAAAUUAGGGAAUCUUACGAUAAUGAUAUGACUGCAAUGAAUCUUCAAGCACAUUUAAUUCCUGGUCUAAACCUGAAAGCACUAGGCUUGUUUCCUCCGUCUUCACCUGUACUGCCACCACCUUCUGUGCCUCCUGCUGCUUAUCCUCCAUUUGGGCAACAGGCAGAAUCUGAAACCGUGCAUGUCUUCAUCCCUGCCCUGGCUGUAGGUGCAAUUAUUGGCAAGAAAGGGCAACAUAUCAAGCAACUUUCCCGCUAUGCAGCAGCGUCCAUUAAGAUUGCUCCUGCUGAAGGUCCAGAUGCUAAACAACGGAUGGUGAUUAUCACAGGGCAGCCAGAAGCUCAAUUUAAGGCUCAAGGAAGGAUCUAUAGUAAACUGAAAGAAGAGAACUUCUUUGGACCCAAAGAAGAAGUGAAAUUAGAGACCCAUAUCAAAGUGCCAUCCCAUGCUGCUGGUAGAGUUAUUGGGAAAGGAGGCAAAACGGUAAAUGAGCUUCAGAACCUAACAAGUGCAGAAGUGGUGGUCCCCCGGGAUCAAUUGCCAGAUGAAAACGAUCAAGUUAUUGUGAAAAUAACUGGUCACUUCUUUGCAAGUCAGCUUGCUCAGCGAAAAAUUCAAGAAAUUCUGUCCCAAGUAAAAAGGCAGCAGCAGAAAAUUGUGCAGAGUGGACAGCCCCAACAGCGAAGAAAGUGAAAGGUUCAGGAUCUCCAAUCGACCACAUAGACAGAUGCCAGACCAAAGAGAGAGACUGUGUAAUCACAGCCAGUUAAAUCUGUUGCUGAUAAAGAAGCAUAUGUUAUACCUUCCCCAGUCCCUUUGAUCAAGGACCAGGCAACAUGAAUUCUGUCUUUGUGUGAAUGUAUUCUCUAGGCGUUCAAGAAGAAACCUUGUGAAACCCAGCUUUAAAUAAGGCCAUUUCACUUCCCUUCUUUUGUUCUAAUUUCAAAACUUUAUAUUGCCUUGUUAGCUUUCCCAAAAUGUUCGAAUCUGUUGGGUUUAAUGAAGCUUUCUCUUAUUUUCACCAGUUACAAAAAGGCAUUGCUCUUAUAGUUCAAAUUGUUAUAAAAUCCUGGAAUUUUUGUGGGGAGGGGUUAGAGGAAUUGGCAAGAUUAAGGCAUCUGUCCCACUAUUUGAAAUUGCUUUUUUUUUAAAUUGGAUUAUUUUACAAAGAUUACUAGAACACUGCCAUUAGAACCCAAGGGAAGUGUUGAAUGGUGUUGGCCAGGGCAUGAAUUGAUUAUGCAUUUUACUAAACUACCUCAGGCAUUUAGUACCUCAAUUGUUCCUUUUUUUUCUGCUUAUUUUGUAUACUUUAUAAAAGUAAUAGUCAAGCAUUUUAUUUUUUUAAUAAAAAAGUAAAAUUUGAUCAGCUGAAAGCCAGGAGCACCACAGAAAACAGGCGUAGAUGUGUUGCUUCUAGCUGCUGGCUAAUGGGAGUAUUCGAUAAAUGAUAUUCGCCUCAGUUUUCCUGAGGUCCACAACACCAUCAUUUGAUCAAAAUUCUGUGAAUGUUUGAGACGCCGCAUAAUGCCAAUAUAUACUAAUAGCAGCAAUGCCAUUUUAUUUCUUUUAAGAUAGGAUGAAACUGCUUAUUUCCUAUUUUUGAUUGAUGGUACUUUUGGGAACAAAACAAGGAAGUGAUGGCAAGAGGCUGGGGUUGGGGAAAGAGGCUGCAAAGUGGAUUAGCUUUUAGUAUAACUGGGUAAUUUUAAAUGCAUGGACCUUUGGUGCCUUUGACCAUCACUGCAUCUUGAUGCAUAAUAACAAUCUACUUGGACUUGGCCAUUCUGUUCAAAGAGCAAGCUUCAUCUUCAGUUACUGGUAGAGCUAUUGGAUCUGCCUGGGUACACUUUGGCUAGCUUAGCUAGAGUGCACUCUGAAUUUUAUUGAACCACACAUUUAAAUCACCGUAUUGGGGAGAAAAAAGUCAAGCGUUUGAUCAUUCUGAAGUUAAAGAAUAGUUUACAUAUGCAGCUGCUGUAGUGGACUACAUACACUAAGCCAUGGAGAAGGCUGUUAGUUUCAACUCUUUCCUGCGCUUAAGUAAAAUGCAGCAGGGUUUAUGCACAUUCGAUAAAUGACCAGUAUAGCAAUAAUAUGUUAAAGCCAGAUUGAAAGCCAGAAAGUUCCUUGCUCACCCUCCCAGCAUAUAUAUAUGGUCUGAACCGAAUAAGCUAAAAUAAUUUGUGGUAAUGUUGAAAUGCUCCAGUCAGUUUCCUGAGUGAACCCAAUUUCCAUCUACCUCAGUGCUUUAAAUGAAGGCAGUGCAUAUUAGGUACAUAAACACUGCUGUGUGUGUGGUCUGAGCAGAGCCAUGCUAUUACCUCUGAACUUUGUGAUUUAUUUGUUUUGUGCAUGAGAUGAUCGAAAUCAUCAUGCUGCACUGAAUUGGAGGGGCACAACUUGGCAAAACCAUUUACUUCAUCCAUUUUUGAUCUACCUCUUAAGAUACAUUUGAAUUAGAGACAUUUCUGCAUAGGAUAGGUUGAUUGUUCCCAAAGAUCAUUUUUUUUGUACAGAUUAGACAAUUUAAAAAAUGGUCUGGAGUGUGUUUUUUGCCUACAUAUAUUCAUUACUAAUGAAAAAUUCUCAAAGCUUAUGUUGUAGCUUUAGCAAAAUGGAUUAAUUCUCGUUCUUUUGGCAGAGUGACUUCUCCAUGUAGAGUUAGCAAGUGUUUUUCUUACAUAAAAUUACUGAUUUACAGGUUGUUUAAUAGCUUAAAAGAAUUGACGUGAGGCUGAAAUGUCAGAGCCCACUGGUGUUUUUCUUGCAAGUAACGUUUGAUGAAUUGAUUUUCCAUGGUUUUGGUUUAAUUGCUGCAUUCACAAUGCCUGAUCUGCUGCUGUUGUGUCAUUAAUUCUCUGGACUAUAUCGUGGGAUUGUUACUAGGAUAGAUCACUUUAAUUUUCACUUUCAAAUGACACUUGGUAAUUUUGAAAUAACUGCAUUUAGUUGAUGGUAGUUCUGUAAGUGGAAGUGAUACCAGCAAAAAAAAUUAAUUUGGCUCACUUUUCACUCAUCUGAAUACUGUGCCCCCAAUGCAGCCCCACUUGUCAAAUGCCUCUAUGAAAUAAAAGAACUUAACUCCUA